AUGCCUGGCGUCGCUGUCCACUUCGGUGGUGGUAAUAUUGGACGGGGCUUCAUCGCCGAGCUUCUCCAUGAGUCUGGCUUUGAAGUCGUCUUCGUCGAUGUCGUCGACGACCUCAUUGACAGAAUCAACAACGCAAAGUCGUACAAGAUCACAGAAGUUGGCGCAGACGGAGAAAAGAGCAAGGAGAUCACCAACUUCCGUGCCAUCAACUCCAAAUACAACAUGGAUGAUGUCGUCAAGACAAUUGCUGACGCGGAUGUGGUCACCUGCGCUGUUGGUCCCAACGUCAUGAAGUUCAUUGCCAAACCCAUCGCCGAUGGUAUUGCAGCCAGAACAAAGUCGAAGCCUCUCGCCGUCAUUGCCUGUGAGAACAUGAUCAAUGCCACCGACGCUCUCAAGGAACUCAUCACCGACCCAAAGAACAUGAAGCCUGAGGUGCUGAAGGAUCUUGACAAGAAGGCCGAGUUUGGCAAUUCCGCUAUUGACAGAAUUGUCCCAACCCAGCCUGCCGACGCCAACCUUGACGUGGUCAUCGAAAGUUUCUACGAGUGGUGUGUCGAGACCAAGGGGUUUUACUCUGGCCAUCCGGACAUCAAUGGCAUCCACUGGGUUGGAGACCUGGAACCGUACAUUGAACGCAAGCUGUACACUGUCAACACCAGCCACGCCACUGCUGCAUACUUUGGCUACAACAAGGGCAUCAAGACAAUCCAUGAGGCCAUGGCAGAUCCAGAUAUCAAGCAAGAGGUCCACGAGGCAUUGGAAGAAACCGCCCACCUCAUCAGCGGUAAACACGACAUCACCGAGGAGGAACAACAGAAGUACGUCGACACCAUCGUCUCUCGCAUCUCCAAUCCCCAUCUCGAGGACGUUUGUGUUCGUGUCGGUCGUGCACCUCUCCGCAAGCUUAGCCGCAACGAACGCUUCAUCGGCCCUGCUGCUCAACUCGCCGAACGUGGCUACGACGUCACUGCUCUGGUCCGUGGUGUUGAGAUGGCGCUUCGCUUCCAGAACGUCGAGGGUGACGACGAGAGCGUAGAGUUGGCGAAGAUCCUGAAGAGCAUGCCGGCUGAAGAGGCAACCACCAAGCUCACCGGCCUGGAUCCUGACCACCCCCUAUAUGCCAAGAUCCUGGAUAAGGUCAAGCUGGUUCAGAGCGACACGAAGUGA